GUAAACAUUUUUAUUAUAAUAAACGUUUGAAAAUAUAUAUUUCUUGCAAAUUCACAUCAAAGCAGGUGGGGGUGUAGGUGUCUAGAGAUAAAAUUGCUGUAAUUCGAAAAAUUGAAAACAUAAAUCCAAGAAAGUCAUUCCUUACCGAUUUAAUUGUCAUUUAUCUGUUUAAUCGACAUCAUCAACUCUUCUACUUUCAAUCAUAUUCAUCAUGUCAUUUUUAUGUUCUAUUUGCGGAAAAACUUUCAGCUUCAUUAAAGCUCUGAAUCGUCACAUCGUAAGUGUACAUAAUAAUAAUAAUAAAUUUUAUCAGUGUAUUUUAUGUCUGAAGAAUUUUUCGAGGAAAGAUAACUUUAAGAGACAUAUGCAACAGACACAUGCUUUAAAAGCACCGUAUGAUGAUUUACAAUUACGUACUGUGUUUACUGAAAACGAAACAAAAUCGAUUAAUGGGAUAAACAUGGUUAACUACGAAGCCAGCACUUCAAGAAAUGUUUACGGAACCCUUAACGAGAGAAAAAAUGUGAAUUAUAAUGCAAGUACUUUGAAAAAUGAUAAUGAUUACUUGUCUAUUACAAAAUCAUCUCCUCCGUUAAUGUCAGNAAAUCCAUUACAAAAUCAUCUCCUCCGUUUAUGUCAGGAUUAA